GGACAUUUAGAUUCGCUUCGGUCAUAUCUUUAACCAAUGCGCACUUGGGGGUAUCUGUGUUCAGUUUAUUCAAUGUUUUGUUUGAACCUUUUAGUACUAUUUGCUAGAAAAUGCCAAAAAGAUGUUAGCACUCACUACGAAAGCCUUUUGUCUUUUCGUUUGUUUUCUUCUCACACUCCCCUUGCUCUGUGGCUUCAUCCUUCUGAUUACCCUAUAGGCCUUAGCUCAUAGGCAUGUUAAUGUGAGCCAAGGACUGAGGGCCGCCCAUGAGAAAAGCAAACAUUUCUUGGCUUAACUUUCAAAAUUUAAAUAAUUAUGCACAGAAUAACCAAACUUCUAAACUGCCAAAAUUAUAUAAAUUAAACAUGAUCGUCGUUGCUUUUAGUUUCAUGAAGGGACCGGUCUUCUUUUUUUGGCUAAAUGGUAAAUAUCAUUUUAAAAAUAAACGGUCGAGACCUACAAGAUAUGAUAAGUAAACUAUAAAACCUCUAAAACUUACUUCCACGGCAAAAAAGGUAAAAAAACAUAAAAACAAAAUCAAUCGAACUCAAAACCGUUAUGCUUUGGAGCGAACAUGACAUCAAAUAUCAAUACAAACUUAUAAUGGUCAGAUCGGUCUUCGCCCUAAAAUAAGAUAUUAAUUAAUUAGCUGAAUAAGACAAUCUCCACAUAUUGUUCACAUCUCUAUAUUUGGUGUAAGAUAUCAUUUGUAUCAUAUGAUUUGUAUCCUUUUACUCCGUUAACCGACUGGUUUAUAGGUAUACUUUCAUCUUUUAUGAUAUCCUAAAUUAUUUUAUCUAAUAUUUUUUCCAUAAAAACUCAUUUUGUGGAUUUUAAUGAAGUAGCGUUCCAUAAAAAAAAAUCUGUGUUUCUUUAACUUUAUAAGUGAUGAGAUUUAUCUGUUGUUGUUGACAAUUUUCUGCUAUUGAAUUAGACCCCAACCUUGCUACUAAUUCCUUUAAAACCAAGUUUAUGGGAUGCUUGCAUAUGCAGUUUUUUUUCCAAAUGUAAUUUGUUCAAGUAGCACUUUCCAGCAAAUUUGUUGGUUUUAGAAAAUAGCUCGAAUGUAAUUCAAACUUGCCAAUUCUAAUUGGACUACACCGAGCUAUAAAAUAUCGGUCAGAAAUUUAAACUCCUACUGGGUUGGGUUCUUUUGAGCUUAAAGAAUAAGGCCAAGUCCAAGUGAGAUGUGUAAGGAUCACUUCAAUCUACUUUUUUUACUAAAAUAUAAAAACAAAUGAUGUGAUGCAUAGGAUGCUUGAUUGUAUGGUUAGCUCACAAAAAUAUAGAAAAAUGAUAGGAGAGGAGACCAAACAACAAUAAUGACAAUCAAAGCGUUAAAUGUACGAAGCGCGUGCAAGGAGACAUAUGAUGCGUUGAUAAAGGAUCUCCUUUCGUUCCAUGUCUACUGUGUCUUUUUGUUUUUAUCCUUCUAACCCCAUUACUUAUUGUCUUUCACAAGUUGACCCUCUACAUUUUCUUUUCCUUAUUUUUCUGUUUCCAUAUGUUUUCAGUUUUUCUUUUAUUAUAUGAUUUUUUGAGUUUCUUUUCAAAUUUCCAUAAUCACCGGGAGAAUACAAUUAUUCCCAUCAUUUCAGUUUUUCAAAAAGUUGAAAGCAUGUUUUUCAAUGUUAAAACUAAAAUUUCUUGAGAACAGUAAAACGAUUUAUAUAACAUAUAAAAGGUCAAAAUUUUAUAAACAAUAUGAACUCACAAACUACGAAAAACACUGAUUGUUACCCCUGCUUAACUUUUGUGUAUACAAUUUAACAUUUGAUAUAGAAAAUUAGAUAGUUUAUAUUGGUUAGAAGACGGCACCGAGUGUUUGUGUGCAUUUACCAUUUACACGUAGUACUUACAUAGUACUUCAACAAUUUUAAGGAAUUUAUUUUUGAUAUUUGUAAACGCAAACGAAAUAAAACUCUUUGGUUAUUGAAUAUUGAUCGGUGUUUUCGUCUGCAUCUUACAUAAAAUGAGAAUUUCUUUUGUUUUCCUCAUAUAAAUGCAAACCAUAUAAUUGCAUUUGAAACAAACAAGUUUCGAGUGAAACGAUGUACGGAACAUGCUAAAACUAUAUAUUGUUUGGUUUGCAUGCCGUGAAACUGUGAGAGUAACGCAAUUUUAAUUUUAUGUCCUGUUAAGUUAGUUAGCUAUGCCAUUUUAUGUUAAAAUUCGAAUUAUAAAAAUAAUUAGACUAAUCAAAUAUCUAAAAAAACAGUUAAUUUUUUUACAAAAACCAACACGUAAAAAAACACAAUAUGAUCUAGAUUUUGCUGAGUUACCCAAGAAAAAAGUAUAAAGAGACGAGUGGGCUUAAGAAAGUUUUGACUUGGUAGUAGAUUAAAAAAAGAGACAAUGCUUUUGUUUGUAUCUAAUCAAAACCGAAAAUAAAUAAUGGAGGUGGAGAAGACAUCAUUCUCACAUAAUCAUCUCCGCAUCUUUAGCUUUUGAAUACUAACCAAUUCAUGGUUCGUGGUGGUCAAGUGGUUGAAGAGUUCACCCUACAAGUUGGUGAAUCACUUGAACAUCCUUAUACAGUUUUUAUCCUAUGCGAAAAUAUAUCUGCAUUAAGCAUUUCCAAAAACAAUUAAUAAGCAUGUGGAUGUGAAAGAAGAACGUGAUUAGGGCCCUACUUGAUUCAAGCAAUAACACUAAUCGACAUCACACGCAAGACGUAACACAGCCCAACCAACAGAAUAUCAAUUUGUCUGAUUAAGAAUAAUAUUUCGUUUCUGUAGAGGGGCGAGUGUGACUUUAAAGAGCAAGUCUUUUUCGGAAUAUUAAAUUUUAUGAAUCAAUUAUUUACAAUAUUUAAGAAGAGAUGUAUAGUCAUACAGUAUUGACUUGACAUGAGUAUUGUGUCGAAUAAUGAAUAGGUUAAUUCCAAGGGAUGGGACGAUGAGUCUUUGUCUGGAAUCGUUCACAUGAAUAUGAAAACAAGAGACAUACCAGUGUUAAGAACUUAUACUAUAUAUGACAGAUUGAGAGCUGCAGUAAUCUGUUACUUUACAGUUUAGAGAAAGUUCAUAAACAUAAAAAAUAUAUGAUUGGAAAUAGCGAAGAGCAUCUUCCACUCUAUUAAAUACUACAAAAUAGAAUAAGAAAUAGAAUAAUGAACAAAAAUAAUAUCGCAGCUCUACAAAUGAAGUAAUAUUUUAUUUUUUGUUCAUAAUUCUAUUUUUCAUUUCAUUUUGGAGUAAAAUAUAUAAUGCGGUUAGAGAUCCUCUACUUUCUAAGCCAAUAGUUUCUAACUUUGAAUUUGAUGAGCUGACCAUAAGCAAAAUUAGCCAAAAACCUUUUGGUGCAACGGUCUAAAACAAUUGUUUAUUACUUUCUUGUGAGGCAAUCUUGGUGGUUUGUAUUUUUCUCAUAACAGGGUUAAAAUGCACGAGGUUUCUUGAAUGAGAGAAUAAGCUGCACAAGGAGGACUUAGAAGCGGAUCACUGGUGCCAAGUCUACUGAUGAGCUACAUCAAGCUUUAUGAUGUAGGUAAACUUCAAACUACUAUUGUAGGAGUAAUACUCUUUCUCACCCGCAAGAGAAGAAAGAAAGGAAGAAGAUAAUGACAAAUGAUGACAAGAGACAAAGCAAAACAAAAAGAUGUUUUAAGAAUAUAAUAAAAAUUCCAAAAUUAACACUCCCUUUUUUUCCUUUUCUGCUUUAACUUUUCCCACUCUGCAAAUCAUUUUCCCUUUGGAUUGAAGCCUUUCGACACCUUUUCUCCUUUUUCUCACACCUUUAUCAGUAUGUUUUUCUUCUUUUUGCUCAUAUGUUCUAUUCCAACUUUGUAUAGAAUCUUUUUGAUAUCCCUAAUAAAACGGAGCUUAAUUCACGUUUGACAAUUGUUGCUUGAAAAAGAUCUGUUCUUGACAUUUCAAAGUAGGGAGAAAACUAUGGAGGGACAAGCAAAGGGGACCCAACUAAAGACAAAGACAAAAAAUUUGGAUUUGAACAAAACAUGACCAGGUGUUAUGAUUAAUGCUCAUUCAACACUACUAUUACCAUCAUUAUCUCUCUCUCUGGUUUUGGAAAUCUCCAGAGGAAAAAACUAACCAUCACCAAACUACAACACUUUUAAUUGGUUCCUUCUGCAUCUUUCUCUGCUUCUUGAACAUAAUUAUUCUUCAUGGACAAGCAUCACCCUCAUCUUCUGCUACAGCAUCAUCAACAUCUCCACCACCACCAGAAGCUCUCCCUUGCUAAAUCUUCUAGGCAAAGCUGUAGUGAAUGGAUCUUUCGAGACGUUCCAAGUGAUAUAACCAUUGAAGUAAACGGAGGAAACUUUGCUCUUCACAAGUUCCCUCUAGUCUCCAGAAGUGGAAGAAUCCGUAGAAUCGUCGCGGAACACAGAGACUCAGACAUCUCCAAAGUGGAGCUUCUCAACCUCCCAGGAGGAGCAGAGACAUUCGAGCUAGCAGCCAAGUUCUGCUACGGGAUCAACUUCGAGAUCACCUCAUCAAACGUCGCGCAGCUCUUAUGCGUCUCUGACUACCUCGAGAUGACAGAGGAGUACUCCAAAGACAACUUGGCUUCGAGAACAGAGGAGUAUCUCGACAGCAUUGUCUGCAAGAGCCUCGAGAUGUGCGUCCAAGUCUUGAAACAGUCGGAGAAUCUCCUCCCUCUGGCAGACGAGCUCAGCAUCGUAACCAGAUGCAUAGACGCCAUCGCAUCAAAGGCCUGCGCCGAGCAGAUCGCCUCGAGCUUCUCGAGGUUGGAGUAUAGCAGCUCGGGGAGGCUUCACAUGAGCAAGCAAGCUAAAGGUAACGAUGGAGGAGGAGGAGACUGGUGGAUUGAGGAUCUUUCGGUUCUUAGGAUUGAUUUGUAUCAGAGAGUGAUGAACGCUAUGAAGUGCCGCGGCGUGCGUCCGGAGAGUAUAGGAGCUUCUUUGGUGAGUUACGCGGAGAGAGAGCUGACAAAGACAGGACAUCAAGAACAUGAACAAGCCAUUGUUGAGACGAUCGUUGCUCUUCUCCCAGUUGAGAAACUCGUUGUCCCUAUAAGUUUCCUCUUCGGGUUGCUUAGAAGAGCGGUGAUGCUCGAUGCUUCGGUGUCAUGCAGGCUUGAUCUAGAGAGGAGGAUUGGUUCUCAGCUUGACAUGGCGACGUUAGACGAUCUCUUGAUCCCUUCUUUUCGUCACUCCGGAGAUACUUUGUUUGAGAUUGAUACGGUUCACAGAAUCUUGGUGAACUUCUCGCAGCAAGGAGGUGAUGAUAGUGAGGAUGAAGAGUCUGUGUUUGAAUGUGGUGAUGAUAGUAGUCCGCAUACGCCUUCUCAAAGCGCAAUGUUUAAAGUUGCGAAGCUUGUAGAUAGUUACCUCGCUGAGAUUGCUCCUGAUGCUAACCUUGACCUUCCCAAGUUCUUGCUCAUUGCGGAAGCUUUGCCGCUUCAUGCUCGCACGCUUCAUGAUGGGUUGUACCGUGCCAUUGAUCUCUAUCUUAAGGCACAUCAAGGGUUGUCUGAUUCAGACAAGAAGAAGCUGUCUAAACUUAUAGACUUCCAGAAACUCUCGCAAGAGGCAGGAGCACACGCUGCGCAGAACGAGCGGCUUCCUCUGCAGUCCAUAGUUCAGGUUCUCUACUUUGAGCAGCUUAAGCUCAGAAGCUCCUUGUGCACUUCUUACUCAGACGAAGAGACAAAGCCAAAGCAGCAGCAGCAACAGUCAUGGAGAAUCAACAGCGGAGCUCUCAGCGCAGCGAUGUCCCCCAAAGACAACUACGCGUCUCUGAGGAGAGAAAACAGGGAGCUGAAGCUCGAGUUAGCUAGGCUGAGGAUGAGGCUCAACGAUCUGGAGAAGGAGCAUAUCUGCAUGAAGAGAGAUAUGCAGAGGUCUCAUUCGAGAAAAUUCAUGAGCAGUUUCUCAAAGAAGAUGGGGAAGCUUAGCUUCUUUGGGGGGCAUCAUGGCUCAUCAAGAGGAUCAAGCUCUCCAUCGAAGCAGUCUUUCAGAACUGAUUCAAAGGCGAUGGAGAGAACAUGCGCAAGCAUGGAUUAGCUCUGUCAUUUUUCUUUCUUAUAUAUUCUCUUUACCUGUUGCUGCUUGUUAAAGUGAGUGCCAAGACUAGGCUGUGAGUGAGUGGAAUGAUAAUGAUAUUAUUGUCAGUUACACUGAGUUUAAUCUUUUGUAAAUGGAUUUGAUUUUGAUUAAAGACAAACAAAAGGUCUCUUAAGAGAAUA